AUGUAUUAAAUAACUCCAAUAUCAGAUACAAUAAAGUCUCGAUACCCAUAACUCAAGGAAUACUACCUAUGCCAAUUUUUGGGGGAAAACCAAUAAUCUGCAAUAAUAUGUUCGAUUCUACAUUAUCUUUUGAAUCGUCAGCGAAGCAAAACUCUCGAAUAUUUUAGGAGUCCAAAGAUAAAUUACAAGAAUUAGCAAUCUUAAGAAAUCGCUCAAAUUCUGAGGGAAAGUAUGUAAAUGGAAAAUCCAAUAUAAAACUUCUUCGAAAAGUUGUCAAUUUACGAUUAGAAUAAUAUUAUGACAGAAGUUUUACUUUAAGACUUUUGCUUUUCUUAUUAAUUAAUAUAUAAGGGUUAAAUUUGUUUGAAUUAUUUGGCUGACUUCUUAGACUUGAAUAUUAAUAUCAUUCCAUAAUUUAUCAGUUUAGGUAGAGGGAAUAGUAAUUUAAUUAUAAUUAAAGAGCAGGAUGAAUACUAUUUUAUCAUCCCGGAACCUCAAUUCUAACUAGAAACCUAAACCAUUUGUUUUAUUUGCAGCAGAAAGGUUUAUGUCUUCCUGAAACUUUAUUGUAAUCAUUAAAUUUGUUGGAAUUGUCUCCUUAAGCAAAACCAUCAGAGUUAGAUGAGUAAUUUUAAAUGUCGAUGUGGAUAGGUUAUUUAAAAGUAGUAGAUUGAAUAAUUUUAAAUUGAAAUCAGUACUAUAGCCAAAACAAAUCGUUAUAAUUUAGUGUUGGAGCAAUUUUAUCAUCAAUACCUCUCCUAAUUAGUAUAAAGAAGGAGUUUAAUGCGUACUAGUUUUACAAAAUAGCUUAAUGAAUCAAUAACUGAGUAAUUGACUGCAACUGAAAUUUAGAUUUCACUCCUUGAUGAGACAAAUAGAGUUUUGGAGCAACUAGAUGAACCUUGCUGCAAUUGUCAUAGAGAAUCAAACAAACCUUAUUUUUAUUUGAAUAAUUGCACACAUAAAUUUUGCUUUGAUUGCAUUAAAAAAGAGUUUGAAAAUGAUAGUUGUGGAGGAUGUUAUUGUAGUGCAUGUUAUAAUAAAGUCUCAAGAAAAGAAUAUGAGUUAUAUUUAUAGAUGAUAAAUGUUGCAAAAUACAGUGUCUAAGAGAAACCACCAGAAAAAGAGAAAACAGAAAACAAAUGUUUGAAUUGUAAUAACACAUUUCAAUAUCAGUUGUUUAAAAUUGAGAAUUGUAAGCAUAGCUUUUGCGAUACAUGUGUAGAAUAGUUAAUAGCAGUUAAUUACUUUUUAGUUUACUAUUGUACUGUUCCAAAUUGCCCAGGUACUUUCAACAAGAAGGACUAUGAAAUGUUUAAAUAAGAGUUUAGAAAACAGUUGUAAAUAUCAUAUUCUGAAUUAGAAAUUACAUGUCAUCAAGUUUCAUAUGACUUUAACCAAUUAAAUAAUUCUAAUUAAUGCCUAAAGUAAUUAUCUGUUUCUCAAUCUGAAAUUAAUGACUAAAUUUGCUCAAAUUUUAGUGAUCCAAAUUAGAAAAGUAAGAAUCUAAUCGAAAACGAAUCCACCAAGAUUACUUCAGAUGAUCAGUAGUAAAUAGAUCUUAAUUGGAGUCUUUUAAUAGACAAAUGCUAAAAAUGCCAGAAACAAUCACAAUAUUAAUUAUUCUAAGUUCCAUUAUGCAAUCACAAGUUUUGUAACUCGUGCAUUAAGGGUUCUAUUGAAAAUAAGUAAAAAGAUUAGAAAUGUCCUAAUAAAGAUUGCAAAAGUUUAUUUACUAAGAGAUCUUAUUAAAAUUAUUAUAAUAACUUAUUGCAGGAUAAAGAGAUCAUCCAAAAUAAUUAACAAAUAUUAAAACAACAAUUAGUCACAAAAUCAGAAACUCUGAAGCCGUAACCGUAAAUACAUAAUCUAUUAAAUCCCACAUAUAACUCUAAUCUAACUGUUAAAGGUUCAUCAACUAGUACAACUGAUUAAUAAUUAUGUUCAUUUUGCAAUAUUUUAAGUGAUUUGGAUUAAAUGUUUGUUAUCAAAUGUGGACAUUAAAUUUGUUCAAGAUGUAGUUUGCGUUUACAGGGUUAAAAUUUGAGAUGUAGUAAAUGUUUGACUAUUUUUGAUAAUCUGAGAUUUAAAUAGUUUAGAUUAAAUUGUAGAUACAAAUGUGAUAAUUGUAAGAAUACUUUCCCUUUCGAUUAGAUUUCACCAAAUUAAACAUGUCCACAUUUUUUAUGUUGGUAAUGUCUCUAAAGAAUUUAUAAGAAUUAAGGGAAUUAAUAGUGUUGUGUCAAAAACUGCCAAAAAUAUUUUGCAGUAGAAAAAAGUUAGAAAUCAUAUCAAUACUUUCCAAAAAUAGACGUAGAACUAAGUGAAGAAACAUUACAAGUUUAAAAUUUGAAAUUCGUAACCGAUUAAAAAACGACUUUAUCGAAUUCUUAAGCUAUUGCUAAAAAUGACCCAAGCCAAUCUAUUUUAUUAGAGUCAACAAAAUAGAAAUAAGAAAUUAAACAACCUUCUAAAAUACAAUCAUGUAUGAUUUGUAAUUCUGAUUUCGAUGAUUAUAAUUAGCCGGUAUUUUUCUCGUGCAAUUUACAUAUAAUUGGUAUAUGUUGCAUACUUAAAAAUUAUGAGCUAUGUUACCUAUGCGAUAGAAGACAUUGA